AUGCUCGACCUGACACUCAUCCGUACUGCUCUUUCUGGCCCGGCCAAACAGGCCAUAGCCGCUGCUUUGUGGGAUACCCCUCGCUCAGAAGUUGAAUCCGACCUCAAGUUCUACUUCAAGUACUACAUCCAACAGUGCGAACUGAUCGCGCUCCACGAAGGCGGUAGCCAUACGCCUCUGGCAACUCACGCAGACAUCAUGGCGAUCGUUCAGCUUUUGAGAAGUUCCCGCACACGGGAAGAAAUCCACCAGAAGUUGUUAAUGUCCUGCAGUCUUCCCGAUAGCGAUGCUUGUUGUAGCCAUUCCAUUGAUCUUGCAGCUCGCAUCCUGCUCAUGGUCGAAUUCGGCAACCUUCCUUUUGCCUACUCGGGAUCUAGACAGAUAGAGUGGGUUACAGGCAGUUUGAAGCAAUGGGUCACAGAGCGGUUCGGAAAGAAGCCGGUCCUUGGGCAUAGUAAAGUAAAGUUCGAGAAGAUAUUCAACGCCAACAAUCUAGCCAAGAUAUCGGGGAUAGAAGUUAUUUGGACCAACAACCUCGCUGACCAUCUCCGUCUGAUGAAAGACGAUCAGGCAGUGGCAGUGUUUCAUCAUGCUUCGUUUCUGCAGCGCCAACAAAGCCGCCUUAGAGAGGAAGAUUCGUGA